AUGAUUUUGUUAAUUCUUAUCAGAAGUGUUCUAAGUCUUGCAACAAGUAAAAGUAAAAAGCAGAAUAAUUCGUUAGUUGAUAGUGUAAUUAACAGUGAUGCUUUAUUAAGGAUUGAAUAUGGUACUUCAGAUAACUUAAAAGUAAGUGAUGUUGAAAUUGAAUUAUUUUGGGAAAAGGUUCCACUUACUUGUGCUAAUUUUGCCAAUCUUUGCAAAGGAAUUGAUAUUAGAGGCAAACAUUACAGUUAUAAUGGUAUGAUUUUUCAUAGAAUUAUUGAAGAUUUUAUGAUGCAAGGUGGUGAUAUUGUUAAUCAAAAUGGAACUGGUUCUAUUAAUAUUUUUGGCGAUAAUAGAUUUGAAGAUGAGAAUUUUAGUGUCAAACAUGAUAGUAUUGGAUGUGUUAGUAUGGCCAACGCUGGACCUAAUACAAACGGUUCUCAAUUCUUUAUUACCUUUAAACAAACCAGUUGGUUAGAUAGUCGUCAUGUUGUAUUUGGUAAAGUCAAAAAGGAAUUCAUUCCAGUUAUUAACGAAAUUAAUUAUUUGGCAAAUAAGUUUAAAAAUAAACUAAAGGUUGUUUGUGUUAAUUCCAGUUUAAUCAUGAAAGAAAAACUAUCAAAUGAAAAGCAUAUUAGUGAAAGCAAUAAUGAGGUGUUAUAA